UAAAAUAGCUUUCUUUGCAGAGAGAAAUUAUCAAUUAACCAUUACAAGAUCUUGAUAUAAAAUCAACAAAGUUAAAAAAAAAAAAAUUCUAAACAUGGGCUGCAAAGGAUGCAACAACAACUGUCAAUGCUCCGCCACCAGAUGUGGAGACAACUGUGCCUGCAACACCCAAUGCAACUGUGUGUGUAAAAAUGGACCCAAGGAUAAAUGUUGUGAAAACAAAAAUUAAAUAUGAAACUAUAUUUGUAAAAUAUCAAUAUUAUGAACAGAAUAUAUUGAUUAAAUAAAAAAUAAAUAAACUUGAAUUUCAU